UCACUGAAAGAGACGUAUCAGCUUCAUAUUUAGUUGUCAAUACCACUGACAUGCUCACUAACAACAACACAGGAUUCACUUUGAAUGGAAAGAAACAUCCCAAUGGAAAUGACCUUCCUCAGUUCUCAGUCAUUUCAUCUACCCAACCAGUGGACAAAGAUCUCGUCACUCAGGGGAGUGCAUUGCUUCUACAAGACGUAAAACCCCGAACUUUAGGUUCGGACAUGUCUUCUACUGAUUUAAGAACUAAUGCAAAUGGAAAAGAUUAUGGUUGUUAUGAAUCUGUAGAGAACUUUAUAAUGACUCAUUUAACUAGUCAACCUAUUGAUCAGAAAAACGAUUUUCAGAAAAAUAUGAACACAAAUGCUGGUGAUGCUAGUAGGAUGACAUUGAAUUGGAAAGGGGGAUUAAAGAAACACAUGAAGAUGGGCUCUAGUGAUAAACCUUAUGAAUAUGAUGUGUGUGGGAAGAUGUAUAAUCAGAAUGAGAACUUUCAGGCACACGGGAGGACACAUACUGGUGAUAAACCUUACAAAUGUGAUGUCUGUGGGAAGGCAUUCAGUACAACAGGAUACUUUCAGAAACACAUGAAGACACAUACCGGUGAAAAACCUUAUAAAUGUGAUGUCUGUGAGAAGGCAUUCAGUACAACAGGAUACUUACAGAAACACAUGAGGACACAUACCGGUGAUAAACCUUAUAAAUGUGAUGUCUGUGGGAAGGCAUUCAGGCAGACAGGAGGAUUACGUUUACACAUGAUAGUACACACUUGUGACAAAGCUUAUCAAUGUGAUGUCUGCGGGAAGACAUUCAAUCGGAGGUGGACAUUGCGAAGCCAUAUGAUGAUACAUACUGGUGAUAAACCUCAUAAAUGUGAUGUUUGUGGGAUGACAUUUCAUGGGAAUGGUUAUAUAAGUAAACACAUGAAAAUACAUACCGGUGAAAAACCCUAUGAAUGUGAUAUCUGUGGGAAGGCAUUCAAUCAGACAGGAAACUUACGGAGACAUAGGAUGAUACAUAGUGGUGAUAAAUCUUAUAAAUGUGAUGUCUGUGGGAAGGCAUUCUAUCAUACAGGAUACUUACAGAGACACAUGAGAACACAUACUGGUGAUAAACCUUAUAAAUGUGAUGUCUGUGGGAAAGCAUUCAGGGAGAAAGGGCACCUGCGCAUACACAUGAGAGUGCACACCGGGGAUCACCCGUACCAAUGUGGAAUUUGUGGAAAGGCUUUCAAACAGAUUGGACAUCUGCAGACACACCAGAAGAGACAUACUGGCGAUGUGUUGAGGCAUCUGCAGUAUGAGAAGGUGAAAUGUCUCUUCUUAAAAAAUAAGUGCAAAUAUUACAGAUGUAAUGAGUCUGCUGGAACUUUUUAUCAAACAGAGAAUCGACAGAAGUGUAUAAUGUUGCACACAAUUAGUAAACCUAACGAUCAGGAAGAUAAUGUACUGAAAAAUAUGAACAUAAAUACAGAUGAACAAAUCUAUAAAUGUGAUAUCUGUGAGAAGAUGUUUAAUGAAAAGGGAAAUUUGCAGACACACAUGAGGACACACACUGGAGAUGAAUCUGAUAAAAUUGAUAUCCAUUGGAAGGUGUUCCAUCAUACAGGAACGGUACAGAGACACAUGAAGGUACAAACUGGUGAUAAACCUUACCAAUGUGAUAUUUGUUCGAAUGCAUACGUUCAGGUAGAAGACUUGCUGAAGCACAUGAGGACACACACUGGUGAUAAACCUUAUGAAUGUGGUGUCUGUAGGAAGGCAUUCAUUCAGACAGGAACAUUACGGAAACACAUGAGAACACAUACUGGUAGUGAACCAUAUCAAUGUGGUGUCUGUGGGAAAGCAUUCAAGCGGAGAGGACGAUUGCAUAUACACAUGAGGAAACAUACUAGUGAUAAAACAUAUGAAUGUGGUGUCUGUGGGAAGGUGUUGCAUGAGGAUGGAAACUUACAGAUGCAUAUGAAGACACACAAUGGUGAAAAACCUCAUAAAUGUGAUAUUUGUGGAAAGGCAUUUUGUGAGAAGGAAUCAUUGCAGGUGCAUAUGAGAAUACACACUGGUCAUAAACCUUAUCAAUGUGAUGUCUGUGGGAAGGCAUUCUAUCAUAAUGGAGCGUUACAGAGACACGCAAGGACACACACUGGUGAAAAACCUUAUAAGUGUAAUGUCUGUGGGAAGGCAUUCAGUCAGAAAAUGCACUUACAGACACACAUGAAGAUACAUACUGGGGAUAAACCUUACAAAUGUGAAGUCUGUGGGAAGGCCUUCAGUCGGACAGGACACUUACGUAUACACAUGAGAACACAUACUGGUGAUAAACCUUAUAAAUGUGAUGUCUGUGGGAAGGCUUUCAGGCAGACAGAACACUUACAAACACACAUGAGAAUUCAUACUGGUGAUAAACCUUAUAAAUGUGAUGUUUGUGGGAAGACGUUUAACCAAUCCGGAACAUUAAAGUCACACUUGAGGAAACAGCAUGCACAUAUUGGAGAUAAACUUUAUAAAUGUGGUGUCUGUAAGAAGGCAUUCAGUCAGAGAGAUGGCUUACAGACACACAUGACAACACAUUCUGGUGAUCAAUCUCGUUGAAGUAAUGUCUUUGUCUACAUGACAUAUGUGAGGAUACAAGCACUGUACUUGUGAGAAACCUUAUAAAUGUGUGAGG